GUCUCGGUUUUGAAAGAUGGGCAAACCGGAAGCACGAUCGCCGGUUCCGGUGCCGGAAACGAGGUCUCCGAUGUACCGGCGACAAGCUAGCGGAGAAAUAAGAAACUUGGCCUCAGUUCCCAGCAGCCUCUUGCCGGCUUUUGGUAGUGUUAUGGGUGAAGGAUCUGCUCAGCUUAGAAGAUUUGUCAUUGCUCCUUAUGACCGUAGAUACCGGGUGUGGCAAGUAUUUCUUGUGAUCUUAGUGGUGUACUCUGCAUGGUCAUCCCCAUUCGAGCUCGCAUUUAGAAAGGUGGCAACGGGGUCAUUCCAGCCCGUUGACUUAGUGGUGGAUGCUUUCUUUAGUGUUGAUAUCAUCCUCACUUUCUUUGUAGCUUACUUGGACAAAUCCACUUAUUUGCUUGUGGAUGAUCACAACAAAAUUGCUUUGAGGUAUGUUACACAUCUAGGUUUUCCCAUGGAUAUAGCUUCAACUAUACCCUUCCAAACCAUAUACGGCCUAAUCACCGGCAAAGUGCACCAUGAUCAAGUGUUCGGCUUUCUCAACUUGCUUCGACUAUGGCGGCUCCGUCAAGUCAGUGUAUUCUUCUCCCGACUAGAGAAGGACACUCGCUUCAGCUACUUCUGGACAAGAACCUUCAAACUAAUAUGCGUGACUUUAUUUGCGGUCCACUCUGCCGGCUGCUUCUACUUCUGGCUUGCAACACACUACCAUGAUUCAUACAAUACAUGGAUUGGAUUUAAGGUUCAUGAUUUCAAAGAUAGAAGUGUGUGGUUUGGUUACACUUAUUCUGUGUAUUGGUCCCUUGUCACUCUCACUACAGUCGGCUAUGGAGAUCUGUGUGCCCGUAAUAAUGUGGAGAAGGUCUUCACCAUUUUCUACAUGCUCUUCAACAUUGGCCUCAUAGCUUACUUGAUUGGAAAUAUGACCAAUCUCAUUGUCCACAGUGCAGUGAGAACUUUUGCUAUGAGAGAUGCCAUCAACAAUAUACUGCGAUACGCGAGCAAGAAUCGACUUCCAGAAGGGCUGAAGGAACAAAUGCUGGCUCAUAUGACACUGAAAUUCAAGACAGCAGAGUUGCAGCAAGAAGUGCUGGAAGACCUGCCAAAGGCGAUAAGAUCUGCCAUUGCUCAGCACCUGUUUUGUUCAACUCUUGAAAACACCUACCUCUUCAAGGGUGUAUCUAAGGACUUCAUUCUUCAGUUGGUAUCUGAACUAAAAGCAGAAUACUUUCCACCCAAAGUUGAUAUCAUUAUCCAAAACGAAAUACCAACGGAUUUCUAUGUCAUUGUAUCUGGUGCAGUGGAUGUUUUAGCAUACAAAAACGGAACAGAACAGUUCCUGUCAAAACUGGGACCUCCAGAAAUGGCUGGGGAACUGGGAGUAAUAUUUAAUAUCCCACAGCCAUUCACAGUGCGAAGCAAGAGGCUUUCUCAGGUCAUCCGCAUCAGUCAUCAUCACUUCAAGCAGUUGCUGCAGCCUCCUACUGAUGACGGGAAGAAAAUUCUUUCCAAUUUUCGUCAGGUAACUGUGACAAGAUUUCAUCAGUGCGGCCACUCCUGUAUAUAACCAUCUACUCACUGUUAUUUAGUCAUUCCUUAUGUUCAACUCACCAUCCCGACAAAAUGUCUUGUGCUCAGCAUUUGAAGGAACUACGAAAAGAGGAGUUGGAAGAGAUACCUAUGCUAAGAGAGUUUCUCGGAGAUCCAAACAGUAAUGAGGGAGCAGAAAGCUAUGAAGGACAAAACCAACAAGAAAACAGAACAUUUCCGACAAGAGUGAUAUUGCACGGGCAUCAUCCACAUGAUGAACUAAAAGAAGAACAUAGAGGCAAGCUGGUCCACCUUCCCGAUUCAAUUCAAGAGCUUUUGAGUAUUGCAGGUAACAAAUCCUUAAUUACUGAUGAAUAUAAUUUAAUGAAAAAAAAUCAAGUAUGAAUUAAAAUGACUGGUCUAUGCAAUGAAACAUUAUAUGCACGUGUCAAAUCUCAUUAUGUCUUGAAUGCAGAAAAAAGGUUUGGGAAGAAAGGAACUAAAGUUCUUAUGGCUAAUGGCUCUGAGGUGGAAGAUAUAUGUGCUUUA